GGGUAAUUUACCCCGUUCUUUUAGUGCCACAAUGUCUAUUUAAAGGCAACACAACUUUAUCAAAUCACUCGCCCAAAGCAGUUUGCUCUUUGUUUUUGGGUUUCUGCUCUUGGUGCGGGUUUCUCUUAUUUCUAGGGUUUGUGACGAGCAUGGCCAAGAUGCGUAAGCUCGAAAAGCAAGCACAGAUCCAGUCCCCGCCAGAGAUAUUGUUCGAUGCUUACAAGAACAAGACCUACUUGAUGCCCAAAAUCAGUCCCGACAAGUUGCGCAGCAUCGAAGUCAUUGAAGGUGAUGGUAAGAGCGUUGGCUCCGUGAGGCUUUGGACUUACUUCCUUGGCGAUUCUGUCGUCGCCAAAGACAAGAUAGAUGCUAUAGACGAGGCGAACAAAUCGAUCACAUUCGACAUCAUCGGCGGAGAGGUCACCAAGUACUUUUCGAGCUACAAAGCCACCAUUCAGCUGGCCUCGGAGGGGCAGAGCAACUUUGUGAAGUGGAGCGUCGAAUAUGAGAAGAUGAACGAACAAGUUCCUGAUCCUCACCCUCAGCUUGACUUCUUGAUCACCAUGGCCAAAGAGGUGGACAAUUACCUUGUCCAUAAUCCCUGAAAUCUCAAUAGCAUAUGCAGGAGUGUGAGUUAAUUUGCAGUAACUAGUAGAUUUGAAUCACCAGCUUUCCUUGUUGAAUAAUUUGUAAGCUUGUGAUUCAGAUUUUCUCCGUGUGGCUAGCUCUAUUAUCUAUGGUUGGAGGGCAAGUGUUUCUAGUUCUUAUCCUUUUACCAUGCUUGAUGAAGUCAGUGUGUGUACUUCAUCAAAAGGUUCAAAAUGAUAAAAGAACUUCAUGCUCUGUUGGUUCU